AGCUCCGAGCUUCCCGCAGCAAACAUGUCGAGAACCGACGAAGUCCACCGAAUUACAGAAAACGUCUACAAGUCCAUCAUGGAGCAGUUCAACCCCUGCUUGAGGAACUUUGUGGCCAUGGGAAAAAGCUACGAGAAGGCGCUGACCAGUGUCACGUCCGCGGCCAAGGGCUACUUCGACGCUCUGGUGCGGCUGGGUGACGCGGCCGGCGACGGCCAAGGCGCCAAGGAGCUCGAAGAAACAGCAUGGGAGGUUCUGUUUCAGAUGGCCGAAGUGCACCGCCGCAUCCAGAUCCAGCUGGAAGAGAUGCUGAAGUCUUUCCACAACGAGCUGUUGACAGAGUUAGAGAAGAAAGUCCAAAUGGACGCACGCUACCUCAACGCGGCGCUAAGGAAGUACCAGACGGAACACAAGGGGAAAAGCCAGAGUUUGGACAAAUGCCAGAACGAACUGAAGAAACUCCGACGAAAAAGUCAAAGCAGCAAAAUGAACAACAACUUGCAGAUGAGCGGCGCCGGGCCGGAACGCGGGCAAAUUCUGGCGGGACCUCCGCAAAUGGCGGCGCUGAGAACCAGUGGCGGCCAGCAGAGGCUGAUGGCAGAAGGCGUUGCGGCGGCCACGAACGGCGCCGAUCACUACCAACAGUGGCCCGAGUUGAAAGCGGCAGCUUUGCCCCAUGGCAAGACGUCCUACUCCAACACGCUGCCCGUGCGCAAGGCGGCGCCCGCCAAGAGCAAGACAUCACUGACGGAACCUCGCACGCUCCCGCGCUCCAGCUCGGUGGCGGCGGGCCUGGAGAAGAAGGAACGCGGCACCAGGACGGCACGGGUCCAGGCGCUCUUCUCGCACGCGGCAGGCGAUAACAGCACGCUGCUCAGCUUCAACCAAGGCGACGUAGUCACGCUGCUGGUGCCUGAGGCUAGAGACGGCUGGCACUACGGCGAGAACGAGAAGACGCGCAUGCGAGGCUGGUUCCCCUUCUCGUACACGCGCAUCAUCACAGAGGACGAUGGAGACUUCGUCGGGCGAAUUCCGCUCCAUAGCCUUCAUCCCGGGAAGAGCAGCAGCACGGGAAACCUCCUGGACAGAGACUCCACCUCCGUUGUGGUGGAUUACCACGCCCACGCCAGACAGCCACGCCCCUAUGGGCUCACCAUGCCGGGGUUCUCGCAGGCAACGGCGCUGGAAGAGUACGAUCAGUCACGUUUCACCGGAAGGUUUGUGUCUCCGCUUCUUGUCAACACUUUAGCUGGGGAUGAUCAAUGUUGGGAUUUGAAACGUAGUCAAUGA